AUGGACACUUUCAUUCCAACAUCGUUCACAUCUGUGUCAACGACAUCCCCGCUAACAGACGUCGUCCUCCAAACCAUAGCCGCUCUUCAAGCAUGCCCAACGUCUUCUAUUCAGUCAACAUCAACGUCUUCAAUUUUAUCAUCACCAAAUUUAACAUUUCCACCAACAAUUCCUAGUGUUAAUUUGUUUCCUCCGCCCACACAACCUCAGUUAGGAGUAUCAGUACAGAACUUCCUCCCCAAUACCUCUCUACUCCAAGCCACACCAUCUGCCCUUGACCUCCUCACCCUAUUCGCCACCACCAGUCGACGGGCGUCCUGCCCUGAGCCGCCUGCCACGUCACAAGCUACAGUAACUCUCCAAGUUCCUAGCAGUGGAUCUCCGGAACGUCGUCGUUAUUCAGAAACCAAUGUGGAAACAUUGAUUCGUGAACAGUUGGCUCAAAUGAUGCCGAGCACUGCUCAGCUACCCGGUAUGCCUGGUUGCUAUUAUCAACAUGUGCCUGCUGUGACGUCUUCUGGAUCUGUGUCUUCUGGAUUAGAGUUGCAAAGAGCUAUGGAGCAGACGAGAAUUCAGAAUAAUCUAGUUAACGCACAACGAAGAGCUCAGAAUCAUAGGAAAGCGAGAACAAUCUACGGGACGACACAAACCCAACAACUCGAGGACAUGUUCCGUGGUCAGAUGUACGUCGUCGGAGCCGAACGUGAGAAUCUGGCAGCGCGACUAGGAUUAUCACCUUCUCAGGUAAGAAUUUGGUUCCAAAACCGACGGAGCAAGCACAGGAGGAAGCAACAGGAAGAGCAACAGACAAAGAGCCCUGGAUUUUCGGAAAAAGAGGAAAAAUUAGAUGAGGAGGAAGAGGAUGAGGAUGAGGAUGAUGAUGAUGUCAAGAUUUUGAAUUGA